GACAAGGUGAAUCAAUGCUCCAUGAAUCUAACUUAAAAGAUACUAUAUACACACAUAACAUUAAAUUAAGUUGUAAGUUUGAACCAAUGCUAGUGCUGAUAGUGUACCUCAAACAACAGUUGGAAAAGGCAUAACUAUAGCAGCUGAUUUUUAUAAACCUUAUAGUUUUACAUAAUUUUAGCAAGGUAUAUACUUAGCACAGCAGUAUAUAUGGAGUGAGAAAGUGAGAGAUAGAGAGAGAAAGAGGGUAUAGUACGUACGUGGUCCAUCAUACUAUACUAGUCUACAUGGCUGACUGACUUACACUCACAGUCACAGCAGCCAGCCGUGUUGAUAAUUAUACAAGAAAACCAAGUCAAGUGUGAAGCAACUUAUUCAUUUCUACUUCUCUUUGCUUAAUUGCUUGCUACCUCAAUUCUCAACUUAUAUUAAACCCUUCUUCUGCUACUACUUCCUCUCUAUUCACAUCUAGAACUAGCUUAAUUAAUUAAUUCAAUUAAAUAUUCAAAGAUGAUGUCUCAAGAAGCAGUUUCUGUUCCAUCCAACUCAAACCCUAAUUCAAAUUCAGUUAAAAGAAAAAGAAGUCUACCAGGAAAUCCAGAUCCAGAUUCAGAAGUGAUUGCUCUAUCACCAAAAUCGUUGAUGACAACAAACCGGUUCAUCUGCGAAGUAUGCAACAAGGGUUUCAAGAGAGACCAAAACCUACAGUUACAUAGAAGAGGACACAAUCUUCCAUGGAAGCUUAAGCAGAGAAAUCCUCUAGAAGUAAUAAGGAGGAAGGUGUACGUGUGUCCGGAGAAGAGCUGCGUGCACCACGAGCCUAGUAGAGCUUUAGGAGAUUUAACAGGGAUUAAAAAGCACUUUAGUAGAAAGCACGGUGAGAAGAAGUGGAAGUGUGAUAAGUGUUCGAAGAAAUAUGCAGUUCAAUCUGAUUGGAAGGCUCAUAGUAAGAUUUGUGGUACUAGAGAGUACAGAUGUGAUUGUGGGACACUAUUCUCCAGGAAGGACAGCUUCUUAACACAUAGAGCCUUUUGUGAAUCCUUGGUAGAAAGAAAUGCAAGAAUAGGUUCAAUUCCAUCCAACUUUGGAAACAAUCUUAUGAUCAACACUCAACUACAGAGAAUUCCUCAUCAAGGUUUAUUUGGGCUUAAUCAAGAAUUUGGUGGACCAGGCCCAGAAACAUUCAUGGCAACAAAUUUUCCCAACAAUAACAAUAUCCCUCAUAAUUUAUUAUUCUCAUCAUCAGCAUCAGGAACAAACUCUGAUUUAGAAUUAGUCCUCACAAAUAACAUGAACACAACUUUUGGUUCAUUGUUACCACAAGGACAAUGGAAUAUGAAUUACCGUUACAAUGAACAUCAAACUGCAGAAGCAUCAUUUAUAAGUAGUGGGGGUCUAUCUAUGCCUAUGUCUAUGAAUAUGAUGCAUGCUCCUCAAGGAGUACUAUUAAAGCUAGAACAACAACAAGAAGAAGACAAAAUUAUGCAUGCUGAUUUGUCUCAUUUGUAUACUCAUAAUCAAUUACAAGAAGGUCCAAGUCAUCACGUGUCAACAAUGGAAUCUACAACUACAAAUGUUAUGAUCAAUGGUAAUAAUAAUAAUAACAAUAAUGUUGCUGCUUUCAAUAAUAGUAAUAAUAUUGUUGAAAUGAAGAAAUUGUUCAACCAAGGAAAUGUUCUGCAUGAUGGAGACAAACAUGAAUUGAGCUUAACUAGAGAUUUUCUUGGUGUUGAGUCAUUGAAGUUGCCACAACAGGAGGUUCCUAGGUUUAAUCCAAUAGGAUCUGUCAUGCACAUGCAAAAUGAUCAGUUUGGUGGACACUACUGAUGAAGUUAAUUGCAAUAUGUAGUAUAGUGAAGUUUUUUUUUUGUCAGGUAGCCCAGUAGCUAGAAAUUCUAUCUUUUUAAGAUGAAUAAGCGGAGUGUUCAGGGUUCAAACCCUGACUCCUGCAUAUAUCCUUACCAACUGAGCUAAGUUCACGGGACUGUAGUAUAGUGAAGUUUUGUAUGAUUAUAUAUACACAAAGAUAUUAUAAAUUACUAUAUAUGUUAAUGUUAACAUUUAGCAGCAGCAGAAAAAUACAAUACUCGUGACCCUAAUAUUUUCUGUGUUGAGAA